AAAACAGCAAAGCUUGUUUAAACGAUCGUUCAUUUUAUUGAGCGUCUUGUUUCUUAUUCAAUCGUUGAUCGAUUCUGGAAAAUGAAAUAUUUUACCGGACAAUUAUUGGGAUUAGGUGUCAUUCUUGGAAUAAUGAGUCUCUCCGAACAAGUAAGAGGCAACAAUUAUCCUGAGGUGGUCACUAGUUUGGGUACUAUAAAGGGAACGAUGAUGACCAGUUACCAUGGUAAGUCGUUUUCAGCAUUUCGUGGAAUUCGCUAUGCUCAACCGCCGGUGGCUGAAUUAAGGUUUAAGCCACCCAUGCCCGUCCAUCCAUGGACGGACACGUUUGACGCUACUGAUGAUGGUCCUAUGUGUCCUCAGCCCUUUGCGAAUCAAACUUUAAUUGAUGAGGACUGUUUGAGAUUGAACAUCUACACAAACAAUUUGCCAGCGACUGACAAACUAAAGUCUGUUUUGGUAUACUUACAUCCUGGUGGAUUUUGGGCUGUCGGAAGCAGUAGUCAGUAUUUCGCUGGACCCAAUUAUCUGAUGGAUAAUGAUCUGGUAUUUGUGUCGUUGAACUAUCGACUGGGGUCGCUUGGAUUCAUGAGCACUGGAACAGCUGAGUCUCCGGGCAAUAACGGAUUAAAGGAUCAAGUGAUGGCGCUCAAAUUUUUGCGGUCACACAUUGAGAAGUUCGGUGGAAAUCCAAAUGAUAUAACUUUGAUGGGAUAUAGUGCGGGCGCGAUGAGUAUCUCAAUGCAUUUGGUGUCACCGAUGAGCGUAGGCCUUUUCCACAAGGCAAUCGUGAUGAGUUCGGCUGCUACUGGUCAAUGGGAGAAUCCUGUAGACCAAUUACACCUGGCUAAGAAACAAGCUCGAAUAUUUAAUUGUCCUGAUGAUAAUGUGGAUGAUAUGAUUGAAUGUUUGCGCAAGGUAGAUGGAAACGAAUUCGGAAUUCGGCUAAAGGAGAUGUUUGAAGUGUUUGAUUACCAGCCUACAUUGUUGUGGAUUCCUGUAGUCGAACCUGAUUUUGGGCAAGAACGAUUCCUAGUUGAAGAUCCAACAUUGUCAUUCUACGAGGGCAGAUUCCAGAAGAUUCCAAUUAUCAGCGGAAUAAUCAAACUGGAAUUUGCGCAGUAUGCAAUCAGUACUCUUACUAAUACCGAAAGAAGAGAACAAAUGGAAAGCAAUUGGGAAACACUAGCACCAAUAUGUUUUCAGUACGAACGAGACACUGAAAGAUCGAAGAAUAUAAGUCGAGCUUUGAGGAAAGCUUACCUUGACUUUCCCCUUACCGAUGAAAGAGCUUUAGAAGGUUUGAAUUUGUUGUAUGCUGAUGGUCUGAUCAUAUUCAGUGUGCUACGUUUCAUUCGUUUAGCAUCACGUCACACCCCUGUAUAUUCAUACAUGAAUACCUACGUUGGAAAUAGAAGUCAUACGUACUACCCUGAUGAUAAGACUCCAUAUGGCCCUGUACACCAUGACGAUUUGAUAUACUUAAUCACUGGCAAAGGGGUCGUCCCUGAAUUUGAUACCCUCGACAGCAAACAAGUUACUAAAGCCACUGGUCAGCAUUCGUUCAAAAUGGGAACCCGAAUGAGGGUGUUGGCAAGGAUGUUUUAAUGGAUGUUGAAUGGAAGCCUCGUACUGCCGAUCGAGAUUAUUAUUUGGAAAUCGGCAAAGAGUUUCACAUGAGGGAGAAUUUGUUUACGGAGAGAUUUGAGCUAUGGGAUCAACUGUUCCCUAUAGAACGCCGUUUGAAUCUGACGAAACCCGUUGAAUGAUGUUUAUGAAUUUUUUCGUAAUUUUAGAAGAAUAAAUCAGAAAUUUUGCUGCUUUCUGCAAAAAAA